GGUUUAGGGAACAAGAUUUAUCUACAAAAGGGCAGGAAACUCUUUCGUAGAAACUGGAGGUUAAGCAGUGAGGAACUUCAUAGAUUUAUAAUCAUUGCAACUCUUCCUUAGCUCUACGUUGUGUUCGAUUGUUAUAGUGCUCACCAAGCAGCCUAAAGCCGGUACAGAACUCACAGUGCUGACAAGCUUUUCACUGAGGAUCGCUCUCUUUGCCGCUCCAUACCGGAUGUAAAAAAACCAGGAAGAACUUGAUGACGAGUGAAGAAACGAUGACGUUUCUUAGCAUAAAAACGUUUUCCAUACGGCUAACGCGUCAUUUCACAGCCGGUUGUCACGAUGAAAACACUUGCUUCACUUUUCGUCCUAACUAUUACCUUCGCGGUUUGUAACCGCGCUUCGGGUAAAAACGUGUCUCACUGCGUUUAUGGAACUACAUUAAGAGAUCUACUCAAGUUGGCUGGGAUUAGACGAGGAAACAUUCAGUCACACGCUAGAAAACUUCAACAGCACAAUGUUGAUCAAAGCGUGCUCUGUAAACUCACCCUACAGCAACUCAAAGACAUCGGAAUCGCACCCAUUGGUGACCGUCUGAAGAUCUUCAAUUUCUUCUCGAAAGAUGGCAACGACUGCUCCAGUUCAAGUUGUCAAAACAACGGCAUCUGUCGAGAUGGUUUUCGCUGUUUCUCAUGUGUCUGCGACCCCAAAAAGGGUUACUAUGGACCGAGCUGUGGACAGAAAUGCCCGUGUCAUAACGGUGGUGUUUGCAAGACAAAACCAACUGGCUUCGAGUGCGUCUGCCCACCUGGCAACUCUGGUGACCUGUGUAAAACGAAGUAUUUGACCGAAGAUAGGAUCGUUAACAUUGAGACUCGAGCAAACGAGCUAAAAGCCAGACUCGAUCAAUGCGAACAGCUGAUCAAUAAUCUGCAAAAUCAGGUAACAGACCUGCAAUCCCGUCCUACAGGAUCCUGGCAACUCUAUCGUGCAAAUGAGGUUCUUAAUAAACUUGAGAAAAUAGAUCAAUCGCAUCAACAACCAGCAACAUACACGCAAACGAUACCAAUAACCCUUCCCAACAACACAAGGGCCAUUAUUAUUUCGAUAUUUUGUAACUACCAGAACCAUAAUGGUGACGCAGCUUUGUUUUACGUCACUUACCAAAAAGGCAACGACAACGCGACCGCCAAAGCAGAAGGCAAGGAAAGACAUUGGAAUGUCCACGCCAACGCAUUCGUGUACGAGCAAAUGAUUCCUUGGAACCCCACUCUUCCCAAUGAGUUGAUCUUCAAGGUGAUAUGGUCCAAAUUUAGAGGUGGAAUAUAUAACUGGUAUCGCGUGCGUUUGGUUGGUUACAUAACUUCUCCGUGA